AUAAUUAUUGACGUUAUCAAUUGUCAAAUAAUUUAGUAAAAAGAAAAAUGUUAUUCUAAUUGAAAAAGUAUUAUAACAGUUGAUUUUAUUAAAAAAUAGAUUUAUAUAUCCAUAGAAAUAAGUGUAAAUCCAACAAACUACAAUCUUUAUCAUGUACAAUGCUAAAGUUUUGGAAGAAAACAGGUCACUGUUCCAACAACACCCAACGAACUCAUAGCCAGGCUGAAUAUAAUACACAACCGGAUACAAUUUCUAGAGCUGAUUUUUUAACAAACGUACCCUUACCUUUGCUUGAAGAUGAGGGGCUCUACGACAUUGACGAAUUCGAAGCAACGAGGGAGAGAUCUAGACUGUCAAAGUCUUUGGACGAUAUUCUAUCAGAUAAAAGCGCACUCAGUUAUUUUAUACAGUACAUGGACGUAAGAAAUGCCUCAUGUUACAUCCUUUGUUACCUGGACAUUGAAAUUUUUAAGUCGGAGUUACAAACCAGCACAGAUGAGUUAAAAAACCAGAACAAUUCACCCCUUCCUAAUGUUUCUGAGCAUGACAGUCUCUCAGUGAGUACAGACUGUGAUUCCUACACAGGAGACUCAAGUAGUUUAUGUGAAUGUGAUUCCAAAACACUUUGUGAUGUAAACAAUGGCAAUUGUGUUAAAAUUAAGUUGAGCCAAGCCAGUGAUAAGCUUACUGAACUUGCUCUAGUUAUUUUUAAGAAAUAUAUUGCUCUGGAAUCCAAAUUAAACAUAGAUUGUUCAGAGGAAAUGCGAAAAGAGAUAAUGGAGAAUAUUUGUAGCUCAGAAAAGGUGUUUUCAGGACAGUGUUUCGAUUCUGUUCAAGUUUAUUUGUUUGAUCUGAUGAAAAACGAGUACUUUGGUGCUUUUGUAGAAAGCGAUUUUUUCUCAAAGCAUCAAAUAGAUGUUUUGACCAGUGGAAAUGUAGUUUUAGAUGAUUUACUCUAUAAUGAAACCGCUCUCUUUUAUUUUAUGGAAUUUUUGGAACAGGAGAACAAAAGUGGACUUUUAGAAUUCUGGAUAGCUGCUACGAAUUUACAGCAACAGUUACACAACCAGAAGGAAUUCUUUGAUCCUGUUGAAGCUCAAAACGAUGCUGUGGUUCUAUAUGACAAAUACUUCUCUUUACAAGCUCAUUGUCCUCUGGGGUUCAGUGACAAGGUCCGUUUUGCCGUAGAACAGAAUAUUUGCGGUGAGAACGGGUUAGUUAUAGAUUGCUACCAUUUACCUUUAAAAAUCGUUGAACAAGUUCUAGAAAAGAACUACCUAAAGCCUUUCCUAGCUUCCCAGUUGUUUUACAAAUAUCUUUCAGAGCUAAUUAACACUGUACAGGCCUCGGGGUAUGCGACAAGCCUAGAACACAAAAGGUACUCCCAAUCUGAUUGUAGUAGUGAGAAAAGCUUUAGUACCAGUACGUUUUUGGCACUGGAAAUACCGUAUGAAAAGAAAAAGCAGCCCAGUACUAAUAUGAGCAUCGAUACAAGGGAAUUGUAUGAUCCAGAUACACUGUGGAAACGAAAGAAAUCUCAUAGACUGUCCUUGGGUAGGGUAACAGACUUGGGGAAGUACGUGGCUGAUAUUGAGCCAGAACCUGAUAACAAAACGUUUCAGUUGAAGAAUAUGGUGAAGAAAUUCGUAAGUUUGGAUGAGGAAGAGAGAAGGAAAGAGGAAAUGGCCUGGCAAGUUGCUGAAAUGAUUGUUAAAGAUAUUACUAAUGUUACUUUGAAUGACAACAAUGUAUAGGAGAGAUGAAGUGGUUUAAAUGACUCUAUUUGGGAACUUGUUUGUCUUUUUCUAGUACAAACAAAUUUUGCACAAAAAAAAUAAAUAAAGAUGUUUUUUAAUGUUUGAUUUAGUUACAUGUAAGAGGCCAUAAAGAAAACAGUUUUUUUUAAAUUGCACUAGUCAAAAAAAGUAUACGCCCCUAUAUAUUUUGAAAAAAUAAAUUUUGCAAGUAAAAUUAACAGAAUCAUUGUGACAAAGAGUACAUCUGUAUAUAUUGUAUCUAACUUUAUCUAUAUAUUUUUCUAUUAUUAGAGUGUAGGUUAUUUAUAACUGUGUGAUUAUUUAUAAAAAUAAAACACAAAAUACACUAAUA